AUGUCGACAAACGAAGCGUCCUCCGUCAGCAUUGAUGAUCGAAAGCAAGAAGGCAUACUUGAAGUGCAGUAUUCGCAUAACGGAACAACUGUCGACCAUGUCGAGAAAGAGGAUGCCGGUCUCGUCGCGCUGGGUUACACGCCAGUGUUGACGAGAAACAGGACUUUGUCUGCUGUUCUUUUCCAGUCGAUUGCCAUCAUUGCUGUCCCAUUCGGAGAAGGGACCGCACUGAACUCUGCAAUCAUCGGAGGCGGCCAGUUGCCGUACUUCAUCGGCUGGAUCAUGGUGUCGGUCCUCGAUCAAGCUGUGGUCAUGAGUCUUGCAGAGCUCGCAUCAAAAUUCCCGACCGCUGGCGGACCACAAUUCUGGGUGCACCAAUUGAUGCCUGCCGGUCGGGCGCGCACUACGCUCUCGUUCAUGACAGGCUGGAUCUGGCUCGUGGGCAACUGGACCAUUGCCUUGUCAGUCAAUUUUGGAUUCGCCUCACUCAUUGCUGGGACUGUCACAAUGUAUCAUCCAGAUUGGGCGGCAACUGACUGGCAGCUGCUUCUGAUAUUUUACGCCAUCUGCAUUGCAGUCUUCUGCCUCUGUGCCUUCGGCAACCGGUUUCUGCCAUACGUCGAUACAAUAGCGGCUGGUUGGAACCUUCUCUGCAUCAUGGUCGUAUUCAUUGGGCUAUCUGCGACCGCGAAAGAGGGACGACACAGCGCUGCGUAUGCACUGGCGCACUAUAACAAUACGCUCAGUGGCUGGGGCUCCUGGAGCUUUGCCAUUGGUCUGCUUCCUGCUGCAUAUACUUAUGCAGCGAUGGGAAUGAUAUCGAGCAUGGCAGAAGAAGUACAUGAACCCGAGCGGAUGCUACCCAAGGCUAUGUGUUUGAGUGUCCCCCUUUCUGCCAUUAUGGGACUCUUUUUCAUUCUACCAAUCUGUUUCACGCUGCCACCACUUGAGGAUGUACUUAACGCACCGGCUGCCCAGGGCCUUCCCUACAUCUUCAAUCAUGUGAUGGGGAGUCCCGGAGGCGGCCUUGGACUCAUGUUCUUUGUGUUGGGAGUUGCUGUGUUCUGCUCGGUCUCCAUCACUACCACAGCAUCGCGUUGCACAUGGGCUUUUGCACGGGACCAUGCCAUUCCUUUCUCUGGUCUGUGGUCCAGGCUUGACUUGGGCGACACGCCCGUGAUGGCUCUUCUACUCACGACAGUUGUUCAAAUGCUGCUAGGCCUGAUCAAUCUCGGCUCAACCAGUGCUUUUACGGCAUUCGCCUCUGUGGGAGUGAUCGGACUCGCAGCUGCUUAUGCCCUGCCAGUGGCUGUGAGCAUGCUCGAAGGUCGAAAAGCUGUAUCGACAGCUCGAUUCCGGUUUCCUCCUGUCGUCGGCUGGCUUGUCAAUGGAGUCAUGGUCGUCUGGAUUGCCUUCCAGAUGAUACUAUUUUCGAUGCCAACGACGUUACCGGUUACAGCAACAAGCAUGAACUAUGCCAGUGUUGUGUUUGUGGGAUUUUUCGUCCUCAGCACAGCUUACUAUUUGCUGUGGGCUCGAAAAGUCUACGAGGGCCCCCCGAUCACGCACGGCCUGUGAGGCGGAAUGCUUAAUGCGUCGCUCGUGGAGAUUGGCAGAGUCUCGCGUCGUACACGCCCAUUGUUCUUUCGAGAGUCGACACGCAAAGACGAACACCCACCGAGUUUGUCUCCGUAUGUCUCGAUAAAUCUGUCAACAAAGGCUCGCCGUUCAUGAGGUUUUUCAAAUCCAUCCUUGGGUAUGUUGCGGCCAAGAUAGUGCGCGGUACAGGACAUUGACGUUGUUUGAAUUGAUAUAAGGCCACAAGAAAGAUGCGUUGCGCUCCAGCUACAGGAAAGAUCUCAUAAUCAAUACGAGCAUUGAUGUUCUGCAGAGGCUUUGAGCCCAUC